AUGGCAGUGAUACCGCAGUUUGGCAUUAAGCCAUUCAGUCGCGCGCUUGCCUGUCUCUCUAAAUAUAGCGACGACAUCACCAUCUGUGUUCGCGGUGCCAGACUCACUCUCUCUGCUGUCAAUUCGUCAAAGAGCGCAUACGGAAGAAUAGUAUUCUUUCCUGGUUUUUUCGAUAGCUAUGAUGUAACAGCUGCGAUACAAGUCGAGCGGGAUGCUGAUAACGGGGAUGAAUCUGCUGGAGGGGGUGAUAAAAUCGAAGGAGACGUGUCGGUGAAGCCCAUGCUAGGAAUCUUUAGACACAGGUCUGUUGCUGACGCAGUCGAUAAGUGCGAGCUUGUAAUAAGAGAUCCGCUCGUGGACAUGCACGAGGAUACAAAUACAUCAAUAUCAAGUGUCCUGCUGGUUCGAAUGCACUGCAAGCACGGCAUUAUCAAAACCCACCGCCUUUCACUGAAAGAUCCGACCUCAAUCACUCCACACAUCCCAGACUCUUCGGAUCCUUCUCGAUGCAGGAUUGUUGUUGGUCCGCAAGUGGUAAAGGACCUGCUUGAUCACUUUAGUGGAAUAGCCAAAAUCGACGCGCAGCUCGAAUGGCACUUCGAGGCGGUGUAUGUAUCUGUAAAGACCGCGGACAGGACUACCAGAAAGCGUCAAGAUGCCCAUAUCGCUACCGAGAUUAGAGUUGAUGCUGAUGAUUUUGACGUUUAUGCUAUUCAAGAUCCGCCCAUUUCCCUUUGUUUCCAUCUUCGAGAAUUUAACGCAGCCACUGCUCUAGCCGAUUCUAUCUCAUUGCCUAUAAAUAUUGUCCUUAUGGAACCGGGGAAACCGAUUUCGAUGGAGAUCCAGACUGAGGAUCAAGAGUCGCUUUUCCUUAUUUCAACCAUUCCUGCCGACUUCAAUCCUACCUCCACAGUAAGGGGCUCGGGGAAAGUUGCUAGAUCUGCGAGGAAACGAAAAAGAGUGGAUGAACCGGGCACUGAACCACGAAAGAAUCGACCAGAUGGCUGGAAUAUCCCAUCUCAAAAUGAUGUAUCUGAUCGACAGAGCCAACCACUCGUAAACAGGUCUGGCAGAGGUUUUUUGUUUUCCCGAGUUAGCAAGCGGCGAAGAAUUGCUUAUAUGAAAAUGAUUUAG